AAGUGUCGAUGAACCACCACCACCAAUGAAACUUCGCACGAUCCAACCCUUCCUGUCCUCUGCAGAACAAUGUCAAACCAGAUUUGCAACUCCACCAUAAGCUAAGCUCAAGCUCACAAGUUUCACCAAUCGCCCGUCCCUCUUUUUCUACUCUAAUGUGUCGACAAGAAGGUUGCUUAUAACUAGCGUCUCAGCGCCAGACCAACAUGGUGUUCUAGGACUUCCUGUCUAGGACCAAGCGCAAGAUCAGCGAAGAAGCUAACAAUGGCCUGGAUUCGACCUCGUUCUCUGAUCUUGGCUCUUUUGCUAGCAAAUGCCAUUUGCUUCCCGGGCAAAGCCGAUGACACCGGCGACGAUUCUCUUGGGCUCGGAGCUUCAUACAUCUUCGGUGACUCGUUAGUUGACGCAGGAAACAACAAUUAUCUGCCAACUCUGUCUCGGGCAAAUAUACGUCCAAACGGGAUCGAUUUCGCAGCAUCGGGAGGGAUACCGACCGGGAGAUACACCAAUGGGAGGACAAUUGGAGACAUUGUGGGAGAAGAACUGGGACAACCACAUUAUGCGGUACCCUUUUUGGCCCCGAACACGACCGGGAGAGCGGUAUUGACAGGAGUGAAUUACGCGUCCGGCGGAGGAGGCAUUCUGAAUGCAACCGGAAGAAUAUUCGUCAAUAGGCUGAGCAUGGACAUCCAAGUGGACUACUUCAACAUCACAAGACAACAGAUUGAUCAGUUGCUAGGCUCUUCAAAGGCCAAGGAGUACUUGAUGAAGAAAUCCAUCUUCUCCAUCACAAUCGGAGCAAACGAUUUCCUCAACAAUUACAUGCUUCCGGUUCUCUCCAUGGGCGCCCGGAUCUCCGAGACCCCCGACGCCUUCAUAGACGACAUGAUCAGCCACUUGCGAGACCAACUUACGAGGCUCUAUAAGCUGGAUGCUAGGAAGUUUAUACUUGCAAACGUCGGCCCGAUCGGGUGCAUUCCUUAUCAGAAGACGAUAAAUCAGCUGAGCCCAGACGAAUGUGUCGACUUGCCGAACAAACUCGCAAAGCAGUACAACGGAAGGUUGACGGAUCUGCUGGCCGAGCUCACCGACAACCUCCCAGGAGCCACUUUUGUCCAUGCCAAUGUCUACGACAUGGUCAUGGAAGUCAUCACCAACUAUGACAAAUACGGAUUUGAGACGGCAAACCGGGCAUGCUGCGGAAACGGAGGCCAAUUCGCCGGCAUCGUACCAUGCGGCCCGACCUCUAGCAUGUGCUCGGACAGGUCGAAGCACGUGUUCUGGGACCCGUACCACCCGAGCGAGGCCGCGAACGUCAUACUCGCCAAGCAGCUGAUCGACGGCGACAGCCGUUACAUCAGCCCCAUGAAUCUCAGAAAACUCCGAGAUCUUUAAUCGUAAUUAUUGGCGACCAACUGAGGCCGCAUUGUCGAUUGUCGCUCGUGCAUUUACAUGCACGCGUUGCUUCUUUGUAGCCAGAUCUUGAAGUUUCAAUAUACUUUAAAGGACAUUUGGUUUUAUUUCAA